GUGCGCAAGCGGAAGUUGCCGUCACAUGGGCACAAUAUUCCCGCGAAAAGUUGUUUACGCAAUUAGGUUUUUAAAUUUUACUGCACUCAUCAUAAAAAAGUCAUGCCGAAACGUCCAAAUCCGUUUGGGGACGCGUCUCCAUUGCAGUUUAAAACUGUAGUGCACCAGAAAAACGUUGAUAUGGGAAUAAACAGAGAGGAAAAUAUGAAGAAAGUUUAUGAAAAGACGAGGAGUCUGUUGUUUAGUGCUGCAUACAAAGGUAUCUACAAUGCACCAUUACCAGGGGACACACCCUUACCUGCAAUACAAGAGGAUCAAGAAAUGAUGGACAUUGGCACUGGUCUUUCUUGCCCAAUUGCUGGUCAACAAAAACUGAACUUUCAUGUCCAGCAAUCUAUUAACAACAAUUUGUGCAAUAUGAGUGGAAAUGAGCCACAGAAAUGCAUGGAGUUCAGAAGUCUCAGUAAUGGACAUGUGUCUGCAGAACAACAAAUGAGCAAAAUGCCAAAUCAUCAAUCUGCAUUCUCCAGUCUUUUUACUCAAGUUCCUCGACCACAUACCCCUGUAGCAGCAACAUGCAUAUCUUGUACAAAAUCCAUGGAGCCUACCCUGCAACCCUGUCACUUCUGUGAUAAGCCUGUGUGUGCAAUGUGUGUCAGAACAUGCACCUAUUGCCAGGGGAAAUUUUGCCAGCUGUGCUCAGUAUUAAAUUAUGAUGACAUCCUGGAAAGACCAUUCUGUUUGAGUUGUAAUCCAAGCUAGCAACUUCAAUAGUAAUACAAGAGUUUGGUGUAGAGACUUUGUAACGUUUGGAGGGGAAAUGACAGAGGACUGAAAUGUAGAUAUAUUUUAUUCAAAGGAGAAUGAGAUUUGGAUUUAAACAUCUUUGAUGGCAAUGUUUUUCAUUGGACAUGGGAUGUUGAUAAAUAAAUUGAUCAUGCAGAUUGUUAUAAAGAAAAUGAAGAUAUGAGGAAAGAAUAUAUAGGAUUUAGAGGACAAUUUAUCUUAAAAUAGUUCUUUAGAAACUGUUUUCAUUUACAUUGAAUGGUGCAUGACAGUUAUGAUUUAAUAAAU